UAAAGAGAAAGAGAGAGAAUUUUUUUUGGACAAAACACGCCGAAGCCUGAAAGGAAGAGAGAAAUUGAGGAAGAGAGAAACUGAAAAACGGAAAAUCCUAAACUUGGCGGCGGAACGACGAUCGAUUGACCGCACAUUCGCAUUCGCCGGAGCCGACGACGACGACGAGAGGUGAGGAAGAGGAACGAAGUCACGAACUUCGAGCGAAGGAACCAGGAGCGGUGAGGAAGAGCCAAGGAGGAACGAAGCCACGAAGCGACGGAGUCAGGAGACGAAGCGACGCCGCCACCACUGCCGGCCACGUCCAGUCGCCGUUGCCGACCUCCCGUGACGCGCAGUCACUGACUGUCACUUCAGUCAGUCAGGAUAAUGUCUAGUUUUGAAUUGUUAGGGCAUGGGGAUGAUGUUGAUCAUAUGAAGGGUCAGAGUGAUGAGGAGGAUGUAUCGGUUGUGAGCUUUAAGGGGAAGAAGAAGAAGUCGUCAAAGGGGUCGAAGAAGGGUGGUGGUAAGGUUAGUUUUGAGCUAUUAGGGGAUGAGAAUGAUGAUGAUGAGAAGGGUCAGAGUGAGGGGGAGGAUGUAUCUGCUGUCAGUUUUAGGGGGAAGAAGAAGCCGUCGAAGAGUUCAAAGAAUGGUGGUGUGAAGACAAGUUUUGCGCUGCUGGAUGAUGAGGAGAAUGACCGAGAUGAAGAUGUUGAGAGCGAGGGUGAUGAAGCUCCUGAAAUGAGCUUUGUAGGGAAAAAGAAGUCAUCUAAAGGUUCAAAGAAGGGUGGUGUGAAGACAAGUUUUGCACUGUUGGAUGAUGAGGAGAAUGACCGAGAUGAUGAUGUUCAGAGCGAGGGCGAUGAAGCUCCUGAAAUGAGCUUUGUAGGGAAAAAGAAGUCGUCUAAAGGUUCAAAGAAGGGUGGUGUGAAGACAAGUUUUGCACUGUUGGAUGAUGAGGAGAAUGACCAAGAUGAUGAUGUUCAGAGUGAGGAUGAUGAAGCUCCUGAAAUGAGCUUUGUAGGGAAAAAGAAGUCAUCUAAAGGUUCAAAGAAGGGUGGGAGUUUGUUCAGUGCCGCAUUGUUGGAAGAAGAUGGUCAAGAGGAAACUGAUGAGGUUGUUGCAUUUACUGGUAAAAAGAAGUCAUCCAAAAAGAAAGGUAGCAGUGCCUUUGCUAUAUUAGGAGAUGAUGAUACAACUGAGAUGGAGCCGAAAGUGGCUUCUGCUGAAGUGAAUGAUUCAGCGACUCAAGAUAAGGUCAGUGUAGUGGCGGCUAAAACUUCAAAGAAUAAGAAGAAGAAGAAAAAGGGUGGAAAGACAGCUGAAGAAGAGGAUGAUUUGGAUAAGAUUCUGGCAGAGCUAGGGGAAGGGCCUGCAGCCUCAAAGCCAGAACCAGCUCAAUCAUCUCAAGCUGAGAAAGCUGAUACACAAGUGGAACCUGUUGGCUCCAGUGAAGCAACAGGUGAAAAAGAGGGUGAAGAUGAAGGAGUUGGGGAGUCAGCGGCAGCGAAGAAGAAGAAAAAGAAGAAGGAGAAGGAGAAAGAGAAAAAGGCAGCAGCUGCUGCAGCAGCAGAGAUAAAGGAGAAGGAGGAAGUCAAAAAUGAAACAAAGAGUAAAGGGGGAGACAAGAAGCUUCCUAAGCAUGUUAGGGAAAUGCAAGAGGCACUUGCUAGGCGUAAAGAGGCUGAAGAGAGGCAAAAGAAAGAAGAGGAGGAAAAAUUAAGGAAGGAAGAGGAAGAGCGACGUAGGCAAGAGGAGCUUUUGAGGCAAGCAGAGGAAGCCAAGCUCAGGAGAAAGGAGAAAGAAAAGGAAAAGCUUCGGCAGAAAAAGGAGGCUGGCUUGCUGCUAACUGCAAAGCAGAAGGAAGAACAACGUCGGAGAGAAAUAAUGAAAAAUCAGUUCCUUGCUGCCGGUGGAAUUAAGCUACCUUCUUCUGAUAAUGGUGCUCCAACAAAGCGCCCUAUUUACACAACAAAGAAGUCAAAGUCAAACCGACAGACAAAUGGUUUGAAGGGUCAAACUCUGGAGGACACGGAGACCAAACAGGAAGCUGUUGGUGAUAUGGAGUCUGCUGAAACAGAGGUGGAAGAGCUUGGAACAAUGAAUAUGGAGGAAAAGGCUGUAGUUUCUGAUGAAAUAAAAGAAAAUGUUGCUGAUGAAACAAAAGAAAAUGUUGUUGCUGAAGAGGAUGAUGAUGAUGAUGAGGACUGGGAUGCGAAAAGCUGGGAUGACACUGACCUGGCUUUACCUGUUAAGAGCGCGUUUGAAGAUGAAGAGGCUGAUUCAGUAGCUCAGUCAUUACUCAAAAAGGAAGCAAAACCAGCAACCCAAUCAGUCCGUGAUACUGUUAAGCCGUCUGCAGCUGCCAAGGAAACGAUCUCAUCUCAGAAAACUAAAGCUUCGACUGCUAACAGUAAGCAGAAGACUUCCGAGUCUGAAGCUGCGGGGGAUAAAAAGAGUCAAGAUGCUGAGCUUCAGAAGGAAAAACCAAAGACUGAAGGAAACCUUAGGUCUCCAAUUUGCUGUAUAAUGGGUCAUGUUGACACUGGUAAAACCAAGUUACUUGAUUGUAUUAGAGGUACUAAUGUUCAGGAAGGUGAAGCUGGAGGUAUCACACAACAAAUUGGAGCCACGUACUUCCCUGCCGAAAACAUCAGAGAGAGGACGAGGGAAUUGAAGGCUGAUGCAAAACUGAACGUCCCAGGUCUACUUGUUAUUGACACCCCGGGGCACGAAUCUUUCACCAACUUACGGACGCGUGGCUCUGGUUUGUGUGAUAUUGCUAUCUUGGUCGUAGAUAUCAUGCAUGGGUUGGAACCACAGACAAUUGAGUCGCUUAACCUUUUGAAGAUGAGGAAUACAGAGUUCAUUGUGGCAUUAAACAAGGUUGACCGGCUUUAUGGGUGGAAAACUUGUCGAAAUGCACCUUUCGGGAAGGCUAUGAAACAACAAACCAAGGAUGUGCAGAAUGAGUUCAAUAUGAGGCUCAUACAGAUUAUUACCCAGUUUAAGGAACAGGGCUUAAAUACUGAAUUGUACUACAAAAACAAAGAAAUGGGUGAAACGUUCAACAUUGUACCCACUAGUGCCAUAAGUGGGGAAGGUAUCCCUGAUUUGCUAUUGCUAUUAGUGCAAUGGUCACAGAAGACAAUGAUUGAGAAGCUUACCUUCAGGGAUGAAGUUCAGUGUACGGUGCUGGAGGUUAAGGUUGUGGAGGGUCACGGAACAACCAUUGAUGUUGUAUUGGUUAAUGGUGUUCUCCAUGAAGGAGAUCAGAUUGUCGUUUGCGGAAUGCAGGGCCCUAUUACUACAACCAUCCGUGCUCUACUAACACCUCAUCCAAUGAAGGAACUUAGAGUCAAAGGGACGUAUCUGCAUCAUAAACAGAUUAAGGCGGCACAAGGGAUUAAAAUAACUGCUCAGGGUCUUGAGCAUGCAGUCGCUGGGACUGGAUUGUAUGUUGUGGGACCUGAUGAUGACAUUGAGGAGAUAAAAAAAUCAACCAUGGAAGACAUGGAGUCUGUAAUGAGCAGGAUAGACAAGAGCGGAGAGGGUGUUUGUGUGCAAGCAUCAACCCUUGGAUCAUUGGAAGCAUUGUUGGAAUUUCUGAAAUCACCAGCUGUAAGCAUUCCUGUCAGUGGCAUAAGUAUAGGCCCUGUGCACAAGAAGGAUGUUAUGAGGGCAAGUGUAAUGCUUGAGAAGAAGAAAGAGUUUGCGACAAUUUUGGCUUUUGAUGUCAAGGUCACACCAGAGGCACGAGAUUAUGCAGAUGAUGUUGGUGUUAAGAUCUUUAUGGCUGAUAUCAUCUACCACUUGUUUGAUCAAUUUAAAGCAUACAUUGAUGGUAUCAAGGAGGAGAAGAAAAAGGAAGCUGCUGAGGAGGCAGUCUUUCCUUGUGUACUAAAGAUUUUACCCAAUUGUAUAUUCAACAAAAAGGAUCCUAUCGUCUUGGGGGUGGAUGUUCUUGAAGGCACUGUGAAGAUGGGAACCCCAAUUUGCGUUCCUUCACAGGAUUUUAUAGCUAUUGGGCGUAUUGCAUCCAUCGAAAAUAAUCACAAACCAGUUGACGCGGCAAAGAAAGGCCAGCAAGUUGCUAUUAAGAUUGCAGGUAGCAGUGCUGAAGAGCAGCAAAAGAUGUUUGGUAGACAUUUUGACAUUGAUGAUGAGCUUGUUAGCCACAUCUCUAGAAAAUCAAUUGACGUGCUCAAAGCUAAUUACCGGCAUGAUGAUUCUAUGUCUAAGGAGGACUGGAGAUUGCUUUUGAAAUUGAAGAAUCUCUUCAAGAUACAGUGAAAUGUAUACUCUUCUUGUGAGGAUCUUGUCAAUCCCAUAGGCGCUUUUGUAUUACUCGAGCAAUUUUUGUGUAGAUAAGCAAGCCUUUUGUGGAGUUGAAGUUUUAAUCAGAAGAUAGAAGUUGGUUGGUUGAUACCAACCCGGGGUCUCUCCUUGGUUGUUCCUGUUCCCAUUUUUGCAUGGCCGGAGACGUGCUCCCUGCUGUUGGAACCGUGUUACCUCUUUUUCAGUUGUGUUGCUUCCUGAAAGUCGUGCGAUAUCUUACUCAGUUUGAGAAGCUUGCAGCUUGCUACUGGAACCAUGAUUGGCAUGAUUUAUGGCAAUGAGAUUAAAAAAAAAAGGAUCAUGUGAUUAGCUUUUUAGCAGUGUCAACAUUUUCAAUGUUUGUCCCUUGUGAUUCUACUGAGGAGAGAGAAAGGGAGAGGGAGGUUUGUUUGUCACAUUUUUGAGAAACUUGGGGAUUAUGUAUAAUCUGAAGUCUUAAUUUAUUUCUCUUGAACUCCCAUACAGAGAAAGUGUCAAAUUUUCUAAAUAAAGGAAAGAGAGGAACAACUUUCUGAUUUCUGAAA